AUGAUGCAGGAAACUGAUGAGCCCAAAUCUUCAGGACUAGAAGAAACUCAUGCAUCCAAGAAAAGGAAGAUGGGUGAAAGGGUUGUGGUGACUGUGAAAAUAGAAGAAAGUGAAAAAAGGCAGCAGAAAAGUGAAGGGCCUCCUUCUGAUUGUUGGUCUUGGAGAAAAUAUGGCCAAAAACCUAUCAAAGGAUCUCCUUAUCCAAGGGGCUAUUACAGAUGCAGCACAUCGAAAGGCUGCUCGGCCAAGAAACAAGUCGAACGGAGCAAAACCGACUCCUCCAAGCUCAUAAUCACCUACACGUCAAGCCACAAUCAUCCGGGCCCAGCUCCUUUGCCACCGGAAAACCCGAAAACCGAUCCCGAGGAGAUUAUUAUUGUCAAUUCAGCCCCUCAACUCACCCAUACUCACACGGUUGCCCCUGAACAGGAACAAGAAACACAAUCGAGCCCUCCGGAUCAUGUAUUUGUGGAUCAAGACGAGAAAAGUUCCUUUAACGACAAUCUUCAAAGACUUGGCGUGCUUUACAAAGGAGGAGACUCGAAGCCGAUUACUCAGCUCGUGAAAUCGGAGGAAAAUGAUUUCUUUGACGAGCUAGAGGAGCUCCCAACAUCAUCGUUUUUCACGUCGUUGAUGAAAAACACAGUUUGUGAGGAGAGAGUUAUUGUGAAUCCCACCUGA